AUGACAGUGCCACCACACCAACGAUAUGCCAUCGGGUUCACAGAGCGUGUCUGCUCCGUCGUCUCUCUGAUCGGAACGGCUGUCAUCGUCAUCUCCUUCCUCUCUUCGCCUUCCUUCCGCAAGCCCAUCAACAGGCUGGUCUUCUUCGCCUCCUGGGGCAACAUGAUGACCAACAUCGCGACUAUUAUCUCGGCAACAGGGAUGCAAGCAGGGAUCAACACGCCUCUGUGUCAUUUUCAAGGCUUCUUGAUUCAGUGGUUCAUGCCGGCCGAUGCGCUAUGGACGUUCGCCAUGGCCUGCAACGUCUACCUCACAUUCUUCCAUAAGUACAACUCAGAACGGCUGCGCCAGCUAGAGUGGAAAUAUCUGCUCUUCUGCUACGGCCUCCCGUUCAUCCCAGCUUUCACGUAUCUCUUCGUCGUGAGCGAAAGCCGAGGGGCUAUAUACGGCUCAGCCACCCUCUGGUGCUGGGUCUCAGACUCCUGGGACUUCCUCCGCAUCGCAACCUUCUACGGCCCCGUGUGGUUCGUAGUGUUCCUUACAUUCGUCAUCUACGCACGCGCCGGCAGCGUCAUCUACAAGCAGCGGCGCCAGCUAGAGGAGAUCGGCGGGCACGACUCCGCCCUCGAUGUCGAGAGACCCCUCCGACGAGGGUUAACCAGAACGACCGAGAUCCGCAUCACAAGCGAGCCAACGCACAGGGACACCGAAGCGGUCCGGACCGUGGCGGCCGUCGUGUCGAGUCGGGUUCAGUCGCUGUACGACCCUUACUCGGUUUCCAUUGAGGGGGGCGGUAUCGCCAGGCCGGAGUGCUGCGUUGCCGCUUCAAAGCAGGUUGAUCAGAAUGACCUCGAACAGUGUUUUACUGCUACUACUAUUGCUUCUCCUCUUUUUCCUUCUCCUCCACCUCUUCCACCUAUUACUCCUCUACCUCAACGCCGCCGUAUGCGCUCAGACGCUAGCUCCGCUGCGUGGGUGUACACCAAGUACGCCAUUCUUUUCUUCUGCGCGAUGCUAAUUACAUGGGUCCCAUCAACAGUCAACCGAGCGUAUGGGAUCUUCCACCCCGGGGAUUUCAACUUUGCAUUGAAUUACGUGUCGAGCUUUGUGUUGCCGCUGCAGGGGUUCUGGAAUAGUAUCAUCUAUGUGUCGAUAUCGUGGCCGGCUUUUAAAGAAGCGUUUGCGCGUUUGAAAAAGGACCGGUUGGCGGGGUCGAGUCAGGGCAGCGCUAUGGGUGUUAGGGAGAGGGCUGGGGGGAGGUUUCAUGCUCAGCCUUGGGGGGUGGAUGAGAGGGAGUUGUUGUCAGAUUAG